AUGGCAAUCAAACUGAGUUUGUUCUUCGUCUUUCUGAUCUUUUUUACUUAUUAUUUCACAGAGGUUUAUUCCCUCGUGGAAUUCACAAAUGUACAGUGCGAGUCUCUGGAUAAGGAUUUUGCAUUAUUUGAAUAUUGUUUUCUGAAAUCUGUGAACCGAUCUUACAAAUAUGUUUCCGUUAAAGUUAAGCUCCUAAAGCUACCCAUAACCAAAAUCAAGGUGCAAUUUGCUUUAUAUAAGCGUGCUAAUGGCUAUUUGCCUUUUCUCUACAAUAUGACUGUAGACGCGUGCAGAUUCCUAAAAACGCCGAAUCCGAAUCCCAUUGCUCUUUAUUUCUAUAAUUUUUUCAAAGAUUAUUCCAAUAUAAACCACACUUGUCCCUAUAACCAUGAUGUUGUGCUGGAUAAAAUGCCAUAUCAUAGUAUAAAUACUAAGGUAACCAAAAUACUGCCCUUUCCGGAGGGCAAAUAUAUGCUUGAAGGGCAUUGGAUAGCCUACGACAUUAAUAGAGCUAUAACUAAAUUCUAUUGGUCACUUACUUGAUAAGA